AUGUCGCUGCCCGUGGUGCUUCCGGGCUCCUGCUGCCCGGUGGCCGGGCUCUCGGGCGGGCCGCAGGCCGGGGGCCCGGGAGCCGCCGCCGCCGCCGCGCAGGAGCCGCCGCUGCCCCCGCUGCGGCCGCGCUGGCCCCGGGGCGCCCUGCAGCCCCCGGCGCGGCCUCGCUGCGCGGCUGCCACGGCCGGGGUGCUGGGCGCGCCGCCCGCGCUGUCCUCCCGCAGGGCCGCCGCGCCCGGCUCCGCGCUGCUGCCCGCCCGCCCGCUGCUGUCGCUCGGGCUGCUGCAGCUGAUCCUCGGCUGCUGCAUGGUGGCGCUCAGCUUCGGGGCACUGUCGCUGAGCAGCUCCCCGCAGGUGAAGAAUUCGUGCCCGUUCUGGGCUGGCUCCUCGGUGAUACUCUCUGGCAUCAUAGGAUUAAUGACUUGGAAAAGGCCCAUGGUACUCCUGGUAAACCUCUUUGUGCUGCUCUCCGUGGUCUGCGUCCUUCUGAACCUUGCUGGGUUUAUUCUUGGCUGCCAAGGGGCCCAGUUUGUGUCCAGCGUGCCCAGGUGCGACCUGGUGGACUUAGGGGAAGGCAAGAUUUGCUUCUGUUGUGAAGAAUUUCAACCAGCCAAAUGCACAGACAAAGAAAAUGCCUUGAAACUCUUUCCAGUUCAGCCUUGCAGUGCAGUCCAUCUUCUACUUAAGAAAGUCCUUUUCGCCCUGUGUGCCCUGAACGCCCUCACCACCACCGUCUGCCUGGUGGCUGCUGCUCUACGCUACCUCCAGAUUUUCGCCACCAGGCGAUCGUGCAUCGAUGAGUCCCAGAUUUCCACAGAGGAGUUGGAAGAGCAUGGGCGGAUCCCAGACCCUGAAGACUUCGUGCCGCCGGUGCCUCCACCCUCCUACUUCGCCACGUUUUACUCCUGCACGCCCCGGCUGAACCGCAGGAUAGCCGGCUCUGAUGUCAUCCCCCUGCCACACAUCUAUGGUGCCCGGAUCAAAGGCGUGGAAGUGUUCUGCCCCCUGGACCCCCCACCUCCAUAUGAAGCUGUGAUGAGGCAGAUGGACCGAGAGCAGGGAUCUGCCUUCCAGAUUCCAGACUCAGCCGGGAGUGUGGCAAGCCCGCUGGAGGUGGUCUCUGCCCAAGUGACUCAAGGGGAGGGCAUUCCUAACAUACCUGGAGAAGAAGGCAUGUCCUUAUCCACUCCCAGUUCGAACCUGGGGCCUCCCCUGCGCAAUGGGAGAGCGGCCCCACUCCUGCGGACAAGAUCAAAGAGUGACCCUGCACUCCGUCACUGCGAGGAGAGAGCAGCCCCGGUGCUCAGCUGCGAAGCUGCAACGCAGACGGAGAGGAGACCAGAUCAUGGCACGGUGGCUCUGAGGAGAGGCUUGCGGCCGAGGGCUCCGCACUGCAGGCCGCGCUCGCUGGUGGAUUACAGAUCCUACAUGGACACCAAGCUGCUGGUGGCGAGGUUCCUGGAGCAGUCCCCCUGCCGCAUGACCCCAGACAUCCAUGAACUUGUGGAAAACAUCAAGUCCGUGCUGAAGUCCGAUGAGGAGCACAUGGAGGAAGCUGUCACCAGUGCCAGCUUCCUGGAACAGAUCAUGGCCCCAGUGCAGCCCAGCACUCACCAGGCCCAGGUGUUGCCCUUGCGGAGACAGCCCGGCCUGCUGCACCUGCAGAGCUGCGGCGACCUGAGCACCUUCGCCCCUGUUGGGAGGUCACGGGCUGAGCGGAGGCCCCAGCGAGCUGAGGCAGAGCGGCCACACAGCCUCAUCGGUGUCAUCCGGGAGACGGUCCUGUGAGCCGUGGGACACGGACAGCUCCUCCGAGGGGAAGGAGCUUUCUGGCUGGGAGUUGGGGUCCGCUCUGGGACCUGCCCCAAUGGAGGGGUGUUUGGGAGAACAUUUGUUCCCCCCAACCUUUGCUCCCAUUCUGGCUGCCGAGGGCAUUCCGGGGUGGAUGAACAGGUCAUUGCAGGGCCGAGGGGCUAGGGAGGCACGGGGCUGCAGCCUGUGAAGGUGGCAACUCGCCCGUGGUGCUGCAAGGCCUCGCAGUCCUGCUGAGGGGCCGUAAACUGGGCUGCCUCACCACUCCUGCUGGUCCUUGUUGCCAAGUUCUUCCCCUCAUUAGAAGGGCAGAGUGGCUCGGGGCUAUUUAUAGCAGCCUGUGGCCUCUCAGAGAGGAGUGUAGAGGGGCCGGGGACACAGGGAUUAACCCCGAUGUGUCUGUAACCCCACCCAGGCCUGGGUCCCUCUCCAAUCCCGCUCUCCUUAGACGGGCAGGAAACUUGGCAAGUGGUGACGUUUCCUGAAAGACAUUAAGGGAGCAAAUUAUUUGUGAUUCCACUUCUUUGUGCUUGCAAUAUUAGAGACAGCGAAGGCGGAACUGAGAAUAAAAUGUUGGCUUUG